GUCGUAGGCCGCGCCGCGGUUUGUUAGUAAAUAGGACGCGCGAAUGCUGCGCGUGUGCAGUGUUGUAUCCGUAUUACCUAAAUCGAGUGUGGAAGGUGAACGCUGCCGAGGAAGUGUAUCGUCGGCAAGCACAGCAUUUACAGCCACCGCUUCGAUUUCUAUGGAUACUGCAAUCCAUAGGCCUGAAAACGUGGCUGGAUGAAGCUACCGCCGCUGUCUGUGGCAAGGUCUCGCCAUGCUGGACACGACGCGGGAGCACCUGGUGUGGCCCGGCACGCCGGUGGGCGGCAGCGGCGUGCGUCCGCUCUUUAUCAAGAACACGUCAGCCACCGAGUCGAUGAACCUGGCACUGGACAUAGCCGACGGCACCUUCUUCAAGUUUGAGACGGUGCCGAAGCCGAGCUCUUCGUUUGAGAUCGCCAUGGCGCCGCGCACGGAGCGGAACGUGAACGUGCUGUUCACGCCGAACGAGGUGCACACGUACCGGGACUCCGUGGUCAUCCGGCCCUCCACGCAGCACCGCAGCCUCAACAGUGCCAUGAUCCCGCUGAGCGGCUACGCCGGCCUCUGCUGA